AUGCUUUGCCUAGUGCUCUUUGUGCUGUGUCUGAGUCGCUCAGAUGCGGAUGCCUUCAGUUCAGUUGCGGAAAAUGAGGAUGCACUCCUUAAGCACUUAUUUGAAGGCUAUCAGAAAUGGGUCCGGCCUGUGGAAAACUCCAACGACACCAUCAAAGUCCUUUUUGGGUUAAAGAUAUCACAGCUUGUGGAUGUGGAUGAGAAGAACCAGCUGAUGACAACCAACGUGUGGCUGAAACAGGAGUGGACUGACCACAAACUCUCCUGGAAUCCAGACGAAUACGGUGGGAUCACUGCUAUCCGGGUCCCCUCUGAGUCUCUGUGGCUUCCUGACAUCGUUUUGUUUGAAAAUGCUGACGGACGUUUUGAGGGAUCCCUGAUGACCAAAGCCAUAGUGAAGCACAAUGGAGUGGUGACCUGGACACCACCGGCCAGUUAUAAGAGCUCCUGCACAAUGGAUGUGACCUUCUUCCCCUUCGACAGGCAGAACUGCUCCAUGAAGUUUGGGUCAUGGACAUAUGAUGGCAAUAUGGUGGACUUGAUUUUAGUGGAUGAAAAUGUAGACAGGAAAGACUUCUUUGAUAAUGGGGAGUGGGAGAUCUUAAAUGCCAAAGGUAUGAAAGGCAACAGGAGGGAUGGGCUGUACUCUUACCCAUUUGUCACUUACUCCUUUGUGUUGAGGCGCCUUCCAUUGUUUUACACUCUUUUCUUAAUAAUCCCUUGCCUGGGCUUGUCUUUUCUAACUGUCCUGGUGUUUUACCUACCUUCAGAUGAAGGAGAAAAGCUUUCAUUGUCAACAUCAGUUCUAGUCUCCCUCACCGUUUUCCUUUUAGUGAUUGAGGAAAUAAUCCCUUCUUCUUCCAAAGUCAUCCCUCUGAUCGGUGAGUAUCUGCUCUUCAUCAUGAUUUUUGUGACACUCUCUAUCAUCGUGACUGUGUUUGUUAUCAAUGUCCACCACCGAUCCUCAGCAACUUACCAUCCCAUGGCUCCCUGGGUUAAAAGGCUCUUUCUCCACAAGUUGCCUCGUCUGCUCUGCAUGAAGGGCCAUGUAGAUCGCUACUCAUUCUCAGAGACUGAAGAAAAGGGAACCACCCCGAAAUUGAAGUUUCUGGGGAAGCAGAAGUACAAGCAAGCAAAAGAUGGAGAAAAAAUUGUUAUUGCCUUUCUGGAAAAGGCAGCUGACUCCAUUCGGUACAUUUCCAGGCAUGUUAAAAAGGAGCAUUUCAUCAGACAGGUUGUACAAGACUGGAAAUUUGUAGCUCAAGUCCUGGAUCGGAUCUUCCUGUGGUUAUUUCUGGUGGUGUCAGUGACGGGCUCAGUUCUCAUCUUCACCCCUGCAUUACGGAUGUGGUUGAACAACACCUUGUAG